ACGGCGAGCGGUGUGAUCCAAGUCACAUUACUAGGCUCUCUUCAUCUCUAUCUUUUACUAGCCACCCUGCCUUAUAUCAUCGUUACCUAUACAGCACCCCGAUACCUUGAUUUGAGCCUUCAGUCCAUACCAGUUCAGACAUUGCAACGUUACCCCGCACUGCAAGCCGCCGAUAUAUUAAGAAACCAACUAAAGAUGUCGAAGAACAUCAUCCAUCAGACGUGGUCAACGUGGCGAGACUGGAUAACCCCAGUAUCUCACACCUCCACAUUUCGAGAGACCGGCAAGAUCACACCAGAAGAAUUUGUCCUAGCCGGCGACUAUCUGGUCUUCAAGUUCCCAUCGUGGCAAUGGUCAGACGCAUCAACACCAGCCCAGCGAGUACCGUAUCUUCCAGAGGGUAAGCAAUACUUAGUAACAAGAGGUGUACCCUGUCAUCGCCGAUUAAACGAGAAUUUCGCGGGGGAUUUGCAGGAUGACGUGAUCAUUCAAGAUAUGCUCCGUGCAGGUGCUUCGGGGAGUGGUGAUGGUGAUGAUGAUGGAUGGUUGCAGACGGGCGGUAAACGCGAGUAUGCCGAUACACAGGAGGCGAAGAGGAAAGAUGUCCGGACAGUUGAUGAGGCGGGAAAUGUGGGCGACCAGGUCGAGGAUGACGAUGAGAUUCCUGAUAUGGAGGAUGACGAUGACGAUGAAGAAGCCAUCAUUCGCGAUCCCGCUGGAGGAAAGUCUGGCACGACAGCCCCCCUUCGAACUUAUAAUUUGUACAUUACCUACGCCAACUAUUAUCGUACGCCACGGCUAUAUCUAUCAGGCUAUCUGUCGCCUUCAGAGCCGCUACCACCACACCUAAUGAUGGAGGAUAUUGUUGGUGAUUAUAAAGACAAAACGGUUACAUUGGAAGAUUUUCCAUGGUUUGACACUAGCGUGCCUAUGGCAACAGUGCACCCUUGCCAGCAUGCAUCCGUCAUGAAAAUCCUUCUCGAUCGCGCCGACGCAGCUCUAAAAAUCCGGCGCCAGAAACUACGAAAUGUGCGGUCUGCCGAAGAAGCCUCCAACAUCAAGGUGGAUAGUGGACUUGAGGGCUUAGUUGACGAUACCGCCAAACUUUCACUCGCCGAGCGACAGCGUAAUGCACAUGCUGCGGGUGUUGCUGCUGCAGGUGGGAAUACUGGAGAUGAGUGGGAGGUGUUGCAGCAUGAGGAGAACCAGUCUGAAGAAGAUGAGCUUCAGUCGGCGAUCCGUGUUGACCAGUAUCUGAUUGUGUUUCUCAAGUUUAUAGCGAGCGUUACUCCGGGUAUAGAACAUGACUUUACGAUGGGGGUAUAGCGCUUUAUUUCGCUUCUUAUGCUGGUCUUUCUUCUGUUUUGCUCUUUUUGGAAGCGUUUCUGUUCUUACAGACACUUAAUGCAUUAAACUUGGAUUUUCCGUCUUACUACUCGAUUCGGGAUCUGCUAGAAUGUGAUAUGAUUUCAGAUCUUAGGCUUCAGGAAUAUCAACCUUAUACUACAUUGGAAUUUAACUAAGUUCCACAUUGACAUUCAUAACAUACAUUGUAUAUAU